AAAAAAAAAAAAAAAAAAAAAAGGAGAGACAGUAGGAAAGCAGACAGAGUCAGACAGUAGCUUUUCACCAUGGUUCGUGACGGCAUCAAGAGCUUUUACCGUGCCAAAAUUGAGGAAGCCGAGGGUGAAAUUCAUGAAAAGACUCAAAAUCUGCGUCGACUGGAAGCUCAGCGCAAUGCAUUGAAUGCUAAAGUUCGCCAUCUUCGUGAAGAGCUUCAGUUAUUGCAGGAACCUGGAUCGUAUGUUGCAGAGGUUAUUAAGCUGAUGGGAAAGACCAAAGUCCUUGUCAAGGUUCAUCCCGAAGGAAAGUAUGUUGUUGAUAUUGGAGAAGGCAUUGACCGGACAAAGCUGACUACGAACUUGCGUGUAGCGCUCAAGAACGAUAAUUAUGCAUUGCACAAGAUUCUACCCAACGCUAUUGAUCCUUUGGUCUCAUUGAUGAUGGUGGAGAAGGUGCCUGAUUCGACCUAUGAGAUGAUUGGAGGUCUGGACAACCAGAUCAAAGAGAUCAAAGAGGUCAUUGAAUUGCCUGUCAAGCAUCCUGAGCUCUUUGAAGCUUUGGGUAUUGCUCAGCCUAAGGGAGUGUUGCUUUAUGGACCCCCAGGAACAGGAAAGACGCUCUUGGCUCGUGCUGUCGCUCACCAUACAGACUGCAAAUUCAUUCGUGUGUCUGGAUCAGAAUUGGUGCAAAAGUACAUUGGAGAAGGAAGUCGUAUGGUCCGCGAGUUGUUCGUCAUGGCAAGAGAGCACGCUCCUUCGAUUAUUUUCAUGGAUGAGAUCGAUAGUAUCGGAAGUUCACGUGGCGAAGGUGGUGGAGGAGGAGGCGACAGUGAAGUUCAGCGUACAAUGUUGGAAUUGUUGAACCAGCUGGAUGGAUUUGAGGCAACCAAGAACAUCAAGGUGAUCAUGGCGACGAAUCGUAUCGAUAUCCUGGAUUCUGCAUUGUUACGGCCAGGUCGUAUUGAUCGCAAGAUCGAAUUCCCACCACCAAAUGAGAUUGCUCGUGCAGAUAUUCUCAAGAUUCAUUCAAGGAGAAUGAAUUUGACGCGUGGCAUUAACCUUCGCAAGAUUGCAGAAAAAAUGACGGGUUCUAGUGGUGCCGAAGUGAAAGGAGUCUGCACAGAAGCCGGCAUGUAUGCCUUGCGUGAGCGUCGAGUCCAUGUUACGCAUGAAGAUUUUGAGUUGGCAGUUGCCAAGGUCAUGAAGCGUGCUGAGGACCAGAGCAUGAGUGUCCACAAGCUCUUCAAGUAAAAUAUAGAAGACGCUCAUUCU